AUGUACGACGGGCCAAACAGCAUUCACUAUGCUAAUAGCCAUUUGGGGCCAAUAUCAUCAUCUGUCCAUCAACCCACCCAUUUCAACAAUACGAUGCAUAUGCAGCAGCAGCAACAACAGCAGCAGCAGCAACAACAACAACAACAACAACCAGCACAUCUACCUCCACCGCAUGUACAAGAGACUUCUUAUGCACCCAUGAAUGUGGCUCACUCGGUUGAUCACCAAAUUCAUCAUCCAAGCCAGCUCUCUUCACAGCAACAGCUUUCUCAACACCAAUUGUAUAAUUACAAUCAACAAGGGGUCCCAACGGGUGGUAUCAUUGGCCAACCAUUUCUGCAGCAGCAUUUAUUGGUCCAACACCAACACCAACACCAACACCAACACCAGAACCCAAACCCAAACCCAAACCAACUACCGCAAUACUCCACCAUACACGCACCACAAGAACAGCUUAGUCAUCCGGCUGGUGGACACGAAAUCAAUCCACACGUGCAUCAUCAACACACCCAUGCAACUCAACCGGCCCACAAUAGACGAGGUCCCUGGUCUCCGUUGGAAGAUAAAAAAUUGCUAGAUCUGAUCUCAAUCUAUGGCCCAACAAACUGGGUAAGGAUCUCCAACCACUUGGAAACAAGAACACCAAAGCAAUGUAGAGAACGAUACCACCAAAACUUAAAACCAAGCUUGAAUAGAUCACCCAUCACACCCGAGGAAGGAGACUUGAUUGAAAAACUAGUGGCACAAUAUGGCAAGAAAUGGGCCGAGAUAUCACGCCAUCUCAACGGAAGAUCAGACAACGCCAUAAAGAAUUGGUGGAAUGGAGGUGCUAACCGCAGACGGAGAGCAAGCUUAGAGGCCUUUGGCGGUGGUAAUGGCAGUGGUAAUGGCAGUAGCAGUGGCAGUAGCAGUAGUAAUGGUAAUGGUGUAGGUGUAUCCUCGACUGCUACUAACGGCUCUACAGUCCAAGAGCAACUAAUGUAUAAUGAACACAAGAGGAAAUCAUUGGAUGGCACAGAACAAUCUACGCCUUUAGUUUCUUUAAAUAAAGCAAAAACUGCUUCGGAUCUACCCCAACCACCGCUGUCAGCACCACAAGCUUUCGGUGAUAAUAACAACAAUAUCAAUUAUAACAGCAGCAAUGUAGUGGAAGGACCCAAAUUGACUGGAACAAAACAUAUUAAGCAAAGUAUUUCUCAAGUACCCAAUGUCCCCCAUUUACCGCAAAUCUCAUUCAACACUUCGAUUUUCGGUCAAAAACUCCCAGAUAAGUCAUUUCUUAAUAUCCGCGAUACGGCACAGGUUUCCGCUACUCCUCCACCUCAACCGCCUCCAAUCACAAACAACUCUAGUAUAGCAAACCACUUGCCCGGAUUGAAGCCAUUAGCAUCUCGAUCUGCUAGCUUUGACACUAAUUACUCUACAUUACCACCAAUAGUACCAAACACCAAGAGAAGAUUGAUUGAUGAUCAGUUUGGCCGUCGUCAUUCGAGUGCCACGUCGAUGUUGAUGCAAGCUCAUGCAAAUGGUUCCCAGCCCAGUUUGCAUCCUUUAUCUCAUACAUCAUUAUCAUCAUCUGCUAAUACUAAUACUAAUACUAAUACUAAUCCUACUAAUCCUACUACUACUACUACUACUACUACUUCUUCUUCUUUUGCUCACACCCAUACUCAUCUUCAGAACAACACUCAAAACAACACACACAGCGCCUAUUCACAAUCCCAGUCGCAAUCAGCCAGUGGUAAUGUUCUGCCAUCAUACCAUGGUUCCCCCUUAAUGAUUAAUUCAGCAAAUUCAAGAAACAAUUCUAUUGUCGCAUUUGAAUUGCCGCACCCAUCAUCAACUACAAACACUUCUUCUCGAAGAUCAAGUUAUAUAGCCCUGGAUUUAUUCCCCAACCCAUUAGGAAAGAAUGCCGAAGUACAAAUGCACAAGCGAAACUUGUCUCAAAACUCAUCCUUUAAUUCUCCGCAAUUAACACCACUGACAAGAUUUUCGAUCAGCUCCAUCACUUCAGAAAAAACACCAUCUUCUAUGCUCAAUAUUGUGUCGUCUCCGGCACACUCUUACAAGUAUGAGCACACAGCAAGUACAGCAUCAAUCAACAAACCUGUGAAGGAGGAAGAUGAAAACAACAAGGAGAGACAGAAGCAGCAGGAUAAUUUGCAACAAUUGCAUCUCGUAACACAGCAACUGGAACAGGAACUGGGACUGGGACAGGAACAACAGCAACAACAACCACAAUUCAGGCACGAGGAACCUAGGGCAGAGACAGAGAAGAACCCCACUAACAAGUUAAAUAACAAGUCCAGCCAGAAAUCAUUCCUCGAGCCUUCUACAAAAAUGUCAGUCUCAUCCUUGCUAGACUGA